AAUUCGACCGCGAAGAUUUAAAACCACGAAGGUGUCCAUCUCGUGGUAACAUGACACAGGUGACAAUGAUGGUUCCAACUUCGGGCUUAAAAGGAUAAACCCAUCACAGCUCGCAUGUUGGACACGGGACGAUAAGCGCAACCCACCUCGAGUCAUCGGUAAUCUGAAUCUUACCGCUUUCAAAAUCUACCACACCAUGAGCGACGUCGCGAAACCGGAUGAGGCGACUGGGCCGAAUGUUGCGAAAUCGGUGGAGAGUGAUGAGGUUGAGAGGCAACUAGGAGAGGCCGAUCCAGUGUACGAGGCUAAGCUUGUCCGGAAGCUAGACCUGUUUAUCAUCCCCGUGGUGAUGCUUCUAUACUUACUCAGUUUUCUUGAUAGGGUUAACAUUGGCAAUGCCCGUCUCUACGGUCUGGAAACAGACCUCGACUUGAGCCCCAAUCAGUUUCAGACAGCUGUCUCGAUCCUCUUCGUCACCUAUAUUCUCUCCGAGAUUCCCUCCAAUCUGGUAUUGAAGAAGCUGCGGCCAUCUCGUUGGAUCGCUUUUAUUACGGUAGCCUGGGGGAUCAUCGCUACAUUGACUGGCCUUGUGCAGAGCUACGGCGGUCUAAUUGCGUGUCGUUUGCUCCUGGGUGCUGUUGAAGGAGGCCUCUUCCCUGGCAUGGCUGUCUACCUGACCUUUUUCUACACCAAACGCGAGCUCGCUCUACGCAUUGGCUAUCUUUUCGUGUCCGCCGCUCUUGCUGGCGCAUGUGGUGGCCUCCUUGCUUAUGGAAUUGGUCACAUGGAUGGCCUUUCCGGCCAAAGAGGCUGGCGAUGGAUUAUGAUCCUUGAAGGCAUUCCGACUUUUGUUCUCGGGAUCGCCACGUGGUGGAUUCUUCCCGACAGCCCCGAGACGGCGUAUUUCCUUGACCACCAGGAAAGAACGUUUGCCGCUGCCCGUCUGAAACGCCAGACUGGGUACACCAAAAAAGCUGCAGAGUUCCAUUGGGAAGAUGUCAAGAAGUGUUUCAAGGACUGGAAGGUCUGGACGUUUUGCUUCGCGCAGUUUGGAUCGGACACAAUGCUGUAUGGAUUUUCUACGUUUUUGCCAUCGAUAAUCAAGAGUAUCAUGCCCAAGGCGUCGACGGAAAUGGUCCAGGUUCUUACUAUCCCUUGCUAUGCAUUGGGCGCUAUCACAUAUCUGGUCGUUGCGCAUUUCUCAGACAGGCAGCAGAAGCGCGGGCUCUACAGUAUCCUGUUCGGCAUUGUCAGCAUCAUCGGCUACGCAAUGUUGAUUAGCCCGUCGAGCUCGGCAACACAUUACGCUGGCUGUUUCUUGGUGGCCAUGGGUCUUUACGUAUGUGUCGGCCUUCCAUUGGCGUGGCUGCCAACCAACUUGCCGCGAUACGGAAAGCGUACGAGCGCAACAGGCUUGCAGCUAUCGAUUGGUAAUUGCGCAGGCAUCAUGUCUGCUUUUAUAUACCCUACCGCAGAUCGCCCGCGCUUCAUAAAAGGCCACGGCAUUACCAUGGCUAUGGUCGCCUUUGCAAUUGCGUGUUAUGCUGUCCUGUGGGUCUGUCUCAACAUGGCGAACACACGCCGCGAGAAGGGCGAAGAGGAGCAUCUCAUUGAGGGUAUGAGUGAUGAGGAGGUCGCGGAAUUAGGUGACGACAGCCCGCGUUUCCGGUACACGAUAUGAAGACGUGUCGUAUCGGGAUUUCGGGAAUACACUUUUUGAAGAGUUAGUGCGAGCAGGGCUGGAAGAACAAGUUGUCGGCCUUGGAUAUUGUCUGGACCUGUGGUUCGACCGACCCCGGGCCCUGGAGAUCUCAUCUUAUCAAUCUAUGCGCUAGCUUCUUUGAGCGGACCCU